CACUGUAGUGAUAAGUAAAAAAAAAAAACUGAAGUUUAUAAAAUUGUUUUCUUGUAAUUAACGUAAUUAUGUUUAGUGCUGUGCGAUUAGUGUUAACAAUUCUUGCUACAUUACAUAUCGUCGCAGGUCAAAAUUUAUUACAUAAUACAUACAGUUUAUGCUGCGCGAAAGGAGAAGAAUAUAUACGAGAAGGAAAACCAUGUGGAGUGACUAAAGGUCCCAUACCUGGAAUACCCGUUGAACAACAAUCCAUAUGUUUAUCCGCUAUUGGAAUUUGCUGUUCCAAGGCACGAGCGGAACAGCAAUGUUCUGCAGGUUUAGAAGUUGCAAGAGAAGGCAAGGCUUGCUCCAGUGAAAUUGAUUCGGGAAUUGAUUUUAACAAGGACUGUUGCGAAGCAUGUAAACUUGGAUUAUUAGCGAGCUCAUUUGGUAGUGGCUGUGAUCCAAAUGUGUUCGGUUUACUUCCACCCUCAGAUAAGCCAUUUGCAAAAUGUUGCGAAAUUAUACCAACAGUUCCAUCAAUUCCAAAUACAGUUUCGACUUACACAAAUCGAUCGUUACCUUCGCCACCCCAACUGAAUGGACUCUGCGAAAAGUAUCCAAAUCAACUAUGUGAACAUAUUUGCCUAGAUGAACCUGGAUCCUAUCAUUGUGAAUGUAAUCCAGGAUAUACUUUAUUACCAGAUAAGAAAACGUGUCGAAGGACUGAAGCAGGAGGUGAUGAAGUACCUAAAUUUGUUUCAACUACUGAUCGAUGUGAUGAAAAUAAUCCUUGCGAACAUCAUUGUAUCGAUACAGGUGUUUCGAUUAGGUGCACUUGUGAUAGUGGCUUCGAGUUAGCAAAUGAUAAGACCACUUGUAAUGAUAUUGAUGAAUGUGAAUUGGGACUGUCUAACUGUGAUCCAUAUACGGAAGAAUGCCAUAACUUAAUUGGAAGUUUUCAGUGUGAUCUUAAAUCAAGCUAUAUAGAUAAUGGUGACUUUCCAACAAAUGAUUUAAGUGAUAAUCCAUGCCCAAAGGGGUAUAUAUUUGAUAAUAUUAAACAAGUCUGUGAUGAUGUUGAUGAAUGUGCUCAAGGCUUAGAUGAUUGUAAUAGAGAGUCACAAGACUGCUUAAACACAUAUGGCAACUUUACAUGCCAGAAUAAAGUAUCAAAAAAAACGUGCCCACCAGGAUUUAAGCGCAACACAAUAUUAGGAACAUGUGAAGAUAUUAAUGAAUGUGCGGAUAAUAAUCCUUGUGCAGCCAAUGAAAUUUGUAAUAAUGUGUCUGGUGGAUACCAGUGCGAUCCCAGUUCAACUGCUGUACCCCUUGAAAAUCCAUUAGGAUUAGUAAUUCCAUCACCAAAUAAUCCUCCAUCAAGAUUACCACCAAAAUUUGUACGAGAACCACCAACUAAUCCACCACCAUCUCGAAGACCGUAUUAUCCACAACCUUUAUCACGGCGUACAGAAACUACAACAAUACCGACGACUACCACCGAAGAAGUUACUGAACUAGAAGAAAUUCCAAUAACAACGCUCUCAACAACAGCCGAACCGUACACAAGUAGACCUUACGCAGGUACUCCUCAAGUAUCAUCACAGCGUCAAACACCUGAAGAUGUUGAAGGAACACAGCCUAAUCAACCAAGAACAUCUCCAGUGUUGACACCAAAUCGACAAAAUACUUGUGAAUCGGGCUAUAGAAUGGAUCGUCGUGGAUAUUGUAUUGACAUCAACGAAUGCUACGAAGAAACUCAUGAUUGCGAUAGUAAUCAAGACUGUUACAAUACCAGAGGAUCAUACGAUUGUCGAUGUAAAAUUGGUUUCCAAUUAAACCCAAUCACUGGCGCAUGCGUAGAUAUAAAUGAAUGUCAAGCGAAUAAAAUACAGUGCGCCCCAACUCAACGAUGUGACAAUACUAUUGGAUCUUAUCGAUGUACUCGAGUUCAAGGCUGUGGAACCGGAUACACUUUAAAUGACGCGAGUAAUAUAUGCGAAGACGAUGACGAAUGCGCCUUAAACACUCAUAAUUGUCAUAUUCUUGGACCAAAUUAUCAAUGUAAAAAUACGUUAGGAUCAUUCCGGUGUGUACGGAAACCACGUGUUUAUUAUAUUACAACAAGAAAUCCACAGUCAACACCUGUCUUCACAAGUUCAAAUACACCAAAUACACCAAAUACACCAAAUGCACCAAUUGCACCAAAUACUGUAAUACCUUUACAAAGAGUAUCAUCAAGACCGUACACAAGCCCACCAGAGCAGCCACGUGACAGAUAUACAGAUAGUCCUACAACAAAUAUUCAAGUUAUGCCAUCCAAGAAAACAUGUUUUCCAGGAUAUAGACUGAACGCGUGGAAUCAAUGUGAAGAUAUUAAUGAAUGCGCUGAACAGAGGGUCUGUAAACACAAUGAAAGAUGUAUUAACUACGAUGGUGGAUUUCGAUGUGAAGCUCCUCAAUGUCCAUCCGGCAAACAGCUAAAUCCAGAAGGAACUCGAUGUGUUGAUAUUGACGAAUGUGCUUUAGGGAUUCAUAAAUGUGGCUCAAAUGAAAAGUGUAUUAAUAAAGAUGGUGGAUAUUUAUGUCAAUGUCUGCCGGGACAUAUGUUAAAGGGUGAUCGAUGUGAGGAUAUUGACGAAUGUGAAAGAUUCAAAGGACGAACAUGCGCACAAAAUUCAAUUUGUGAGAAUACAGUUGGUUCGUUCCGAUGUACAUGCAAAGAAGGUUUCAAAAGUGUUUCCGAUACCGUUUGUGAGGAUGUUAACGAAUGCCAUGAGACAGUUGGAUUAUGUGAACAUACUUGCAUUAAUUCUUGGGGCACAUACCGAUGUGCAUGUCGUCAAGGAUUUGAACUAAAUUCAGACAAUCGAACAUGUACCGAUAUCGAUGAAUGUACGGAAUUCAAGGAUAUGAAAUUAUGUAUGGGUUCUUGUGUAAAUACACCGGGUAGUUAUGUGUGUCGAUGCCCUCCAGGAUAUAGAUUAGCAUCGAAUGGACGAAGUUGUAUUGAUAUUGAUGAAUGCGAAUCAACUAGUACAUGUCGAGCCGAUGAAAUUUGCUUAAAUAUGCGUGGUUCCUAUAGAUGUCGAGCUUUGGUUUGUCCACCAGGAUAUCGAAAACAUCCAACAGUAACACAUCGAUGUCAACGUGAUGAGAUAGCCAACCCAUGUUAUGACACUCAAUGCCAGAAAAUGGCACACACAAUUUCAUUCAAUUACAUAACAAUACCAUCUCUGCUCCCAGUCCCACCAGAGGUUGGUUUCAUUGACAUAUUCCGUAUGCGUGGACCACAUUGGACCAAUUUUGGCGUGAAAUUUAACUUGAACUUAGAAUCAGUCGAAUCAUUAUACUCUCAUGUCCAACCAAUCGAUAUAAGCUAUUUCGAAUUACGUCAAGACAAAUAUAAUGCGGCCGUUGUCGGUAUGGUGAAAUCUAUUGAGGGACCACAAGAUAUUCAAUUAAGUGUACAAAUGACAAUCUACCUAAACGACGAAAUUCAAUCGAUUGCUAUUGCUAAAUUAUAUGUGUUUGUGGCUGAAUAUAGCUUUUAGUUUAUAGACAAUUUUUUUAGAUU